AUGGACGCCGCGGAAGCCAGAGAACGCUCGCCUGCUGGACAAGGAAGCAUGGAGGAGACCGAGACGCCCUACACUGUGCUGGAUGUACCGCUUGCGCCGCCGUUCAAUUGCGUGCCCUGCCUACCUGUACCACGGGAGUACAAGACGCACAAUGACCUGCUCAAGCAUCUAAGGAAGGAGCACAAUCGAGACAUGAUGAUGAAGUUCAGAUGCAGCCACUGUGGAGAGGUCCACUCUACACUGAAGCGAGCAACAGCACACAUUAAAAGGUCAAUGGAAUGCAGCGACAACAGGCCGCCAAGCAGAACGACAGAUGCCGCUCCAACACGCGUACGGCGGAUUCGAAUGCAGAGAACGCGAGAGUCGCCAGCAGCAGCGGAGGCCGUAGCAGCAACGGAGGCUGUAGCAGCAACAGAGGCAGUAGCGGCAACGGAGGCAGUAGCAGCAACGGAGGCAGUAGCAGCAACAGAGGCUGUAGCAGCAGCAGACAUAGCAGCAUCAGAAGCAGUAGAAGCAGCGGAGGCGGCAACAGCGGCAGUAGCAGUGACAGUAGCGGAGACUGUGCUACAAGAGGAAUCGCCGACGCUGAGCAAACUACAAGAGGAGUUUGUUCUCAGACUGCAAGUAGUAACCUGCAGCGAGGAUCUGGAGCGGGAGGUAUCGGCGCUCGUAAGCAGACUGCAACCGGAAGACCAGGAGACCGCCGGAACGGGCUCCGAGAAGAGGAACAACUUCAACCACAGGCCGAGAGCAACAAAUGCCGAGCAGGACGUUACGAGGGCGACACGCAUCCAGAAGCUGUACCGGAGCGACAAAAAGAGAGCCUAUAGAGAGAUCACAGAGGAAAAUGGAGGCAGAGGCUGUAGGGUUCCAACGCAGACUAUACAGGACCACUUCAUGGAACUAUACAAGGAGAAGAACCAUGCUGUUACCGGAAGCCCAGCUGAGAUACCAACACCUGCGUCGGUCGCAAUGAACGAUCCCCUUAGCGCCGAGUUCACGCCGGAGGAAGUAUGGCAGCGGCUACAACGGAGCAAGAACAGCGCACCGGGACCAGACGGACUUCGUUACGGCGUUUGGAAGCGGUACGAUCAGGGAGGUCAUAUCUGCGCUGCUGUUUUCAACGCAGUUCGGAAGCUACAGCACGUACCGAGGAGCUGGGACGAGUCUAGCACCAUCCUCAUCCCGAAAAAAGGAGACCCCAGGGACAUAAACAACUGGAGGCCGAUCGCGCUAUCGAACACACUAGGGAAACUCUACGCAUCGGUGAUCGCGAGCAGACUGUCCAAAUGGUGCAUAGAGAACGACCGCAUCUCGCCGUCGCAAAAGGGCUUUAUGCAGUAUGACGGAUGUGCAGAGCACAACUUCACGCUGCAGUCAAUCAUCCAAGACGCAAGGAGGAAGCAAAAACAAGCCGCCAUAGCAUGGUUAGACCUGAAAAACGCGUUCGGCGCCGUCCCGCAUGCAGCGAUGUUUAACGCCCUGGAAUGGACAGGUCUCCACGCCGACUCCAUCGCCGUAAUCCGCAGACUGUACAGGGGAUCGUACACUAGAGUUCGCGGCGAGCACGGAGCAACCGACGAGAUCCCCGUUCGAGCUGGUGUAAAACAGGGGUGCCCCCUCUCCCCGAUCGUAUUCAACAUCACGCUGGAACCGCUGCUGCACGCGCUAGCCAGGAAGGCCGACUACUACGAACUGGAGGGCCAGAAGUUCAACGUCCUGGCGUAUGCUGACGACCUGGCCAUCAUCGGAGCCGACAGAGAGGGACUACAACGACUGCUGAAUACGACGGAGACAAUAGCCGCCUGGUCUGGGCUACAAUUCAACGCCAGGAAGUGCGCGACACUGCACGUGGACGGACGACGACGCAGCGCGAUCGGAACGACCUUCAAGCUGGGAGCAGAGAACCUGAGAGCACUUUCGCAGGAGGAGUGGUACGAGCACUUAGGCGUUCCCACCGGAUUCUCUACGUUUUCGUCAGGGGAAGACGUAUUAGAGCAGAUGCAGCAGCACCUAUCCAGAGUAGACGAGUCGCUGCUGGCGCCAUGGCAGAAGAUCGACGCAGUCAAUACCUUCAUCAUGCGGCAGGUGGAAUUUCAUCUAAAGAAUGGAAACGUGGCCAAGAAAAUCCUGCACAGAUUCGACAAACAGGUGAAGAGAAGCGUCAAGAAAUGGGCGCACCUGCCGCAGAGAGCCAGCGCCGAGGUCCUAUAUCUGAGUUACAAAGAGGGCGGAUUCAACAUCCUACCAGCAGCGGUGUUGGCAGAUAUUGGACAGGUUGUACACGCCCACCGACUGCUGACAUCAAAGGACAGGGCCACGUCAGAACUCAGCAGAGCCACGCUAGCAGACGUCGUCAGGAAACGUGUGGGACACGAACCCAACACGGAGGAGAUCGUCGGAUUCAUAAAUUUCGGAAGAAGUGGCGAUCUCGACAAACCAGCGAACGACAUUACGACGACGUGGUCGAGGCUCAGGACGGCAGUGCGAAGGCUGAAACCAAAGAUCAACCUGCAGCUGGGAUUGGACGAGCUAACCGUCGACAACGCGCCAGUGAGCAGGGAGAACGCAGAAUCGAGCCUACGAGCAGCUGCACGACGGUUCUACAAGGAAAGAUUACUCAGAAAACCGGACCAAGGAAAAGUGUUCGAGGUAACGACACAAAACUCUGCAUCAAACCACUUCCUUAGGCAAGGCGGCUUCACCAGAUUCGCAGAGUGGAAAUUUAUUCAUCGAGCGCGGCUCAACGUUUUACCACUGAACGGGAGUCGUCCAUUUGGCAGCGGCGACAAGCGAUGCAGAAGAUGUGGACAGCACGACGAGACCCUACCUCACGUCAUCAAUCACUGCAAGCCGCACCUGAGCGCCAUUACGAGGAGACACGAUAGCAUCGUGCAGAGACUGAUUACGGCGGCAAAGAAACCAGCGGACGGAGCCCUAUACGCUAACCAGCCGAUACCAGAAUACGACGGUCAAGAGCGACCGGACAUCGUUAUCAUAGACAACAAGGAGAAAACAGCUGCGAUAAUCGAUAUAGCAGUGCCCUUCGAGAACCGGACCGAGGCCUUCCAGACAACUAGACAGCUUAAGAAGGACAAGUACGCCGCACUUGCUGAGCACUUUCGAGCCAAGGGAUUCAGGACUACAGUAGACGCUUUCAUCGUCGGAUCUCUCGGUGGAUAUUGCAGCCGCAAUUGGACCGCGUUAGCAGCACUCAAGGUCAAUAAAAAGUAUGCAGUGCUGAUGAAGCGGUUGAUGGUCUCCGACACGAUCCGCUGGUCCCGAGAUAUCUACGUGGAGCACAUCACCGGACACAGGCAGUACCAGGACGCAGGACCCACACCAGCAGCUACAGCACUGGAAUGA